AUGUACAGCCCCUGGGACGCCCAGCACGACGACUUCUUCGACGAGGGGGACGGCUACAGCGGCGCCGAGGAGGAGGACGACGAGGCGGCGGCGCCGCCGCCCCCGAGCGGGCGCGACGCGCGCGCGGAGAAGGACCCGUCGCGCGUCGAGGAGCUCGAGCGCGAGAACCUGCGGCCGGCGGACGCGCAGGCCCGGGAGCCGCGGGGCGAGGUCGGCGCCGCGGAGCGGCCCCGGGACUCGGUGCUCGGCGUCGACGCGUCGAGCGUCACGCGCGUCCGGCGCUCUAGCGAGCCGGGGGGCGAGGUCGGCGCCGCGGAUCGGCCCCGGAACUCGCUGCUCGGCGUCGACGCGUCGCGCCUCACGCGCUCGGAGCCGAAAGACUCGCGUCCCACGCGCGUCGGGCGCGCGAGCGAGCGGGCGAUGAAGCUCGAGGCGCUCGUGGCGCGGCUCCGCCAGGCGUGCGACAGCGGCAACUGCGCCGCGAAGAUCCUGCGCGACAUCUACUCGACGCGUCUCGAUUUCAACGAGAUCGCGAUGAUGGGCCUCGGCGGCCUCGGCGGCCCCCUCGACAUGCUCCGGAAGACCGGGUCCCGCGACGAGCGGCGCGACGCGAAGCGACUGAUCAACGCUUGGAACCGCAUCGUCACGGACGGUCGGGCCGCCGACGAGCGAUUCAAGCUCGAGGCGACGACGCGCAAGGCCUCGGCCUUGGAGGCGGACGAGAAGAAGGAGGAGCGGCGCGACGACGCGCCGUCGCGCCGCCGCGCGCCGCCGCGGAAACGGCGCCGCCGAUGCGACGACGACGCCCACUCGCUCUUUCCCGCUCUUUUCCCGCCCUACCCCGCCGCGCCCGCGACGCCCGCGCCGCUGCACUUCUCCGCCGAGGGCCACCCGCGCGUGCUCGUGCGCGUGCCGCUCCACGGCGGCCGCGUCGUCGAGGCGACGGUGACGUGGCCCCACGGCCACUCUCGGACCCCGACGCCCGACGCCUUCGCCGCGACCGUCGGCGCGCAGUUCGACCUCGCCGAGGACCAGACGACGGCCAUCGCGCGGUCCAUCCGGGACCAGCUCCGCGAGCACUUACUCCGCGCGCAGCUCCGCGCGGCGGCCGAGCCCGCGCGCCGCGGCGGCGGCGACGACGACGCCUACGUCGGCGACGAGGAGGCGGAGUGGGAGCCGACUCGCGCCGAGGCGG